UGGCGCCUCACUGGAGGGCGGCGGGCAGGAGUCGUGAUUUCUUUCGUAAAUAACCACGCUGGUCUAGUUGAAUCGAGUGAAACCGGCUUGUCUCACUAGCUAGACGCGGCUCGGAGAUCGUACGGAUGCGUGAUUAGAAAGGUGCACUUUACACGCAGAGGUCAAACGGAACGCGAUUUCGCAGAUACGCACGCGAUGCAUAACGAUGCAGCAAACGAUGACAUGACAAACGGUGCUGUUGCCAGUGGGAGCACCGAAGCUACUAGUGCCACCCACUACUGGACCCCGGGCACGCUAAUCGAUGGCCAAGGAGGAUUCGAGGACACGGCUAUCGUGCUGCUGAACCGACCGAUUCUGUUGGACAAAAGCUAUUUCACAACCGUCUGGAACGGUGCGCAGGUACGUGUGGCCGUCGAUGGGGGCACAAACCGUUGGGUCGACUUCGUCAAGGACACCGUGAACGGUGAGCAACGUAAACUGAAACCGCCCGACCUAGUAACCGGUGACUUUGAUUCCUGCAAUCAGGAAGCCAUGAAAUACGUGGAACAACUGAACUGCACGAUCGUACGCACGCCAGACCAGAAUGCUACGGAUUUCACGAAAUCCCUCAAAGUGCUUCGCUCCCACACGAACGAGGUAGCGCGCGUACUAACGCUGUGCGAAUCAUCCGGCCGUCUCGAUCAGAUUAUGGCCAACAUCAAUACGCUCUUUCUAGCCCUAACCAUCCUUCCGGGCGUGCCCAUCUUUCUGCGCUCCAGCAAUUCACUUUCCUGGCUACUCGAACCAGGUGAUCACAUGAUCGACAUUCCACCGCGGCUCGUGCACGAGAGUAUCUGGUGCUCGCUGGUACCAAUCGGGCGCAGUUGCCGCUGCACCACCGAGGGCCUCAAGUGGAACCUCACGGAGCGCAUCAUGGAGUUCGGUUCGCUGGUAAGCACCUCCAACACGUACUCGAGUGAACGGGUACGGAUCGUUAACGAAGAACCGCUUCUCUGGUCAAUGGGCACGACUCCGAAGGAUAUGUGACCGCGAAACGUCACACCAUUACCUGCGGGUGGAUGAGAGCCCCUCUUCCAAACCUUCUGCCCGGUGCUUUACUGGUGCUGUUAUAGCAUUUAAUGCUCUUUCGGCUUUAAAUAGCUUUAGUGUACAACCACAAGCCAGCAGUUCCUUCCCGAUCCACUGACUUUCCAUUGACCACUUGGAUGUUAUUUAGCCGCCUUUCCCCUUACUGUUGUAUUAUAGGACCCCUUUCCGUUUUAGGCUUGGUUUUGGGUUGGUUCGGUGAUCGUUAUUAACCGACGAGACAAUAUACGGUUGCAUAGCAAAAUACAAAUCCAUCUGGCCACGA